AUGAGCGAAUCACGUAAUCCAGCUCAUGUCGCACUGUACAAUUCAUCUUAUGUUAUACUAUUUGAUGAUGGUUCAUGGUCAAGUCGAGGUGUCCCGGAAUCAUUAGUAAAAAAAAUGGAACAAACCAAAUCAAAAAUUGAAUUUGUCUCACUUGGACCCAAUGAACAAUGGUUUUUCAGGCUGGAGAACGGUAAAGUAGUUUAUGAUGUUGACGAUCAAAAACUAAGAGAUGACUUGAGAAAUUCAGUCGAUAAACCAUUCAAGCUCUGGUUCAAUGAUGAUGAUGAUGAUGAUGAUAACGCGAGUUAUAUAUUACAAUAUAGUGAUUUAAGUUUAUCGUGGAAUAGUAUUCCAAACGAUUUUCAUAAUAAAUUGAAUGGUCGUCAGAAAUCCCUGCCAGUGGUAAAAAAUAUUACAUUUGGACCUGAUAAUACGUGGUGGGUAUCAUUUCAAGACGACACUGCCCGUUCGUCAUCACAAAUACCACGACAUAUUGGCACACAAUUGAAACAUACAAAAUGUCUUGUGUUAGAUCCACAAGAUGAAGAUAAUUAUUUUAUCUUUAAAGAUAAUGGUAGUCUUACAUGGCAAGUAAAUGAUGACUUUGAUGAUGAUAUCAAUGAAAAGGAAGAGGAUGAUGAUGUUGUUUACAUGAAUCCACACCGUAUCCGUUAUACUCAAAAAUCGAUUAGCCCUCGAUUUCGCAAUGGACAGAGUAUUGAGCAGUUACGCCAAGAUCUUGAAGAUGGCAUAACUAAUGUAGAUAAAGUGCCAAAGAUUAAUGUUAUAAGAACAAGAAGUGGAAACAUUUGGUCAUUGGAUAACCGUCGAUUAUGGUGUUUCCAUAAUGCAUCUAAUAUCGAUCGAAUACCUGUUCGUGUGACUGAUAAACGGCCAUCAUGGUUCAACAAUCGAAUCAAAAAUAUUAAAGAGCCAUUUGAAAUUCGUGUACGAGGAUCAUCAGAAGAAACUGAACAUUAUUCCGAUGUUGAUGGUAGUUCAGACUGGAGCGGUUAUGAUUAA